AUGUUCGACCUGGUACCAGAAUGGCUGCCUGCAUCAAAAUUCAGAAGCACCCAUAGCAAAGACGGAGUUAUUAAGAUUAAGACCACAAAAAAUAGCGGUCGUGGGAGCCGUAAGCGUGGUCGACCGCCAAAGACGCCAAAUGAGCGGACUUCAUCUGGACGUUUUAGUUAUCAAUUGCUCAAAAAGCCGAAAUAUCUGAGCGAAGGAAAAUCGCAGGCAAACACACCAUCAGCUUCGCGCGGCAUUUCCCCACAAAGCGCUGAGUGCAGUCGCAGCAGCCAUAACAACCACAGCCGUGGGAACAGUGAAAGCGCCGCUAAGAGGGGACGCGGGCGCAAGUCAAAUGUGCACCCCAAUACCAGCAACUACUCCGGAAGAAAAGGGCACGAGUCUGAAUAUCACUAUGGGUCAGAUUUUGGAGAUUCUGAUGACGAUAAAUCUGAUAAUGAGGAUGACAUAUUACUUACCCCCAGCGAUGAUGAAAGCUUGGAUGCAGGCAAUGAGAGUGAGUCGGAAUUUUCCGUGUGCAGCUUUACCCGAAAUGGAGUUGAUCGGCCACCACGUCCGCCCAGUCCGGAUCCAAUUUGGCUUCAAGAAGGUCGGGAAUAUGCUCCUCUUGAUUUGCCGGAUUCAUCGGAAGAUUUGUUUGUUGCAAAUGCACACGUUUUGCGCGCCCUUAGCUUUUAUGAAGUACUGCGACGUUUUCGGCACUUGGUUCGUCUUUCACCCUUUCGCUUUGAAGACUUCUGUGCAGCUUUAACUUGCGACGAGCAGAGUGCACUUACGAUCUUACGAGAAGAGGAUGUUCAGGGCACGUAUUUUGGACCUUUAGAUCAAAAGGAUACGGUAAACAUAAGUCUGUACCUAAUUGAUGCCAUUACUUGGCCAGAAGUUUUGCGCAGCUAUGUGGAAAGUGACAAGACAUUUGACCGUCAGGUCUAUGAUAUAUGGUCGGACGGAACAUCCGUACACCGGCCACGGAUCAAAGCAACAUUACGACCAUAGCCAUUAAAGCCCCACCCUGUC